UUGUUUAAUCUAUUUCUACCUUAAAUUUAAACAAUUUCCUCAAGCUGCGACUUUUUCACCUAUAAAAGAAUCUCCACAACAAAAUCCGAAAUUGUGGAUGAAUCCCAUCACCAUGGAGAGGAAAACAUGCAUAGCCAUGGUUCCUUGCCCUGGCCUAAGCCACUUGAUCCCAAUAGUAGAAUUUUCCAAAAGACUAAUCCUUGAACACCCCAACUUCCAAGUCACAAUCCUCAUUCCCACACUUGGCCCUCCCACCCCUUCCACCAAAGAAAUCCUAGACACACUCCCACCAAGCAUAGACUCCACCAUUCUCCCCCAAGUCAACCUCCAAGACCUCCCUCCCAACAUCCACCUCGCCACGCAAAUGAAACUCACCGUCAAACACUCCCUCCCUUCCCUCCAACAAGCCCUAACCUCCCUCUCUUCCCGCACCCACCUCGUUGCCCUAGUUUGCGACCUUUUCUCAAGCGAUGCACUCCCAAUGGCCAAAAAAUUCAACCUCUUGUCCUACUUUUUCUCCACCUCGGGCGCCACCUCACUUGCCUUUUGCCUCUCUUUGCCCCAACUAGACCAAAGGACCACCUCCGAGUUCAUCGUGGACACCACAAAAAGUGUGAAGUUCCCCGGGUGUGGUGUUCCCUUCCAUGUCGAAGAUCUUCCCGACCCGGUUGUUCUUUUUGGUAGAUCAACUGAAACCUACAAAGCAUUCCUUCGUGUGUGCCAAAGACUCUCUAUGGCCGAUGGUGUCAUACUCAACACGUUCACCGAUUUGGAAGAUGAUGCCAUAAGAGCCAUGGAAGAGCACCAACGACAAUUGAGUCUAGCUGAAGAAACUCGAGAAACUAGUCUCGAUCAUAUUGUCCUGGAAGAGAGUGAAAAUACCAAACCAAAAGCAAAUGGUACUCCUUGUGUUUACUAUUACCCCGUUGGACCAAUAAUUCAGACCGAGUCAAGGAGUCAACAAAACGAGUCAAAGUGCAUUUCAUGGCUCGAAAACCAGCCUAAAAAUUCCGUUUUGUUUAUCUCUUUCGGGAGUGGUGGGACCCUCUCACACGACCAACUCAACGAGAUAGCCUUUGGCUUGGAACUAAGUGGUCACAAAUUUUUAUGGGUGGUUAGGGUCCCAAACAAAGUCUCUAGUUCGGCUUAUUUCGUGGGGCAAAAGGACGACCCUUUGGAUUACUUACCACGUGGGUUCUUGGAAAGGGUUAAAGGACAAGGGUUGGUGGUUCCCUCGUGGGCCCCACAAGUUGAAGUGCUCGGACACAAAUCCACGGGUGGGUUUUUGACACAUUGUGGUUGGAGUUCGGUGUUGGAGGGUGUGGUGCAUGGGGUGCCCAUGAUCGCGUGGCCUUUGUUUGCGGAGCAAAAGAUGAACGCCACGACCAUAUGUGGUGUGCUCAAAGUGGCUGUGAGGCCUAGGGUUGAUGGUGAAAGUGGCCUGGUGAAAAGGGAAGAAGUUGCAAGGGUGAUCAAGGUGGUGAUGGAAGGAGAUGAGAGCUUGCACAUGCGCAAAAGGGUUGAAUCUCUUAGUGUUAAGGCUGCUCGUGCGAUGAGUGAACAUGGCUCCUCCACCAAGGCACUCUCUAGUCUUGCACUCAAAUUGCAAAGUUGUAAUGGAAAAUGUUGAUUUGGAAUUUUGAGAUCUUGUUUCUAGGGUUUUAAAUAAGGAUUCAACGGCAAAUGUAAUGUUUAAUUUUGUUAUUGCAUUUUAAUAAUAGAUUUUGAGAAUGAUUGAUAUUUUAA